UGGGCCCAAGAAAAAAGGGAAAACAACGCCGUCUUUGUUUUCGGGUCGUCACGCUCGGCCCAAUUGUGGACUCGGGUACGUAGUUUGCUCCUUUUUGCCCGAGAUAUCACUAUAAAUACCGGGCUGAGAAAAAACUGCAGAAGAAGAUUUCAGAGACCCCGUAAACUGAAGUGAACUUUGCCACUUCCUCUGCGUUCUCAAAUACCUACUGACGCGAGAAAAGGAACCAUGAUCUUCCAGCUAGAAGAUGUCAGAGUGUACUUUCCAUACGACAACAUAUACCCAGAGCAGUACUCGUAUAUGUUGGAGCUUAAGCGAGCCUUGGAUGCGAAGGGCCACUGCCUCCUCGAGAUGCCCACUGGUACUGGCAAGACCAUUGCUCUUCUCUCCCUCAUCACUAGUUAUCGUCUCUCCAAGCCAGAAUCGCCUGUCAAGCUCAUUUACUGCACGCGCACUGUCCAUGAGAUGGAGAAAACCCUAGCCGAACUAAAGCUGUUGUAUAGCUACCAGGUCCAGCACCUGGGCGCCGCCGCCAAGAUCCUGGCUAUCGGCCUUUCUUCGAGAAAAAAUCUUUGCGUGAAUCCUAGGGUUUUGGCUUCAGAGAAUCGGGACUCUGUAGACGCCGCUUGCAGGAAACGGACGGCGAAUUGGAUCAGGGCCACGGCGGCGGAGAACCCCAAUGUGGAGCUCUGCGAUUACUUUGAGAGCUAUGAGAAGGCUGCCUCUGCUGCGAUUUUGCCUCCUGGCGUUUAUACGUUGCAGGAUCUUAGGGCUUUUGGUAAGGAGAAAGGUUGGUGUCCAUACUUCUUGGCACGGCAUGUGGUGCAGUUUGCAAAUGUGAUUGUUUAUAGCUAUCAGUACUUGCUUGAUCCAAAGGUAGCUGGGAUUAUUUCAAAAGAGCUGCAGAGGGAGUCUGUUGUGGUGUUUGAUGAGGCACAUAAUAUUGAUAAUGUGUGCAUCGAAGCUCUCAGUGUUAGCGUGAGGAGGCAAACCCUUGAAGGAGCUACCAGGAAUCUUAACAGAAUAAAGCAAGAGAUUGACAGGUUCAAGGCCACUGAUGCGGGAAGAUUGCGUGCUGAAUAUAAUCGGCUCGUGGAGGGUUUGGCACAAAGGGGAAACUUACCUAUCUCAGACACCUGGCUAGCAAAUCCUGCCUUGCCUGAUGAUAUUCUAAAAGAGGCUGUACCUGGAAAUAUUCGUCGAGCUGAGCAUUUUGUGCAUGUUCUACGUAGAUUAGUUCAGUAUUUGAGAGGGCGUCUUGAAACUGAGAAUGUUGAAAAGGAAGGGCCUGUUGGCUUUGUUGCGUCUCUCAAUGGCCAAGCUGGAAUUGACCAGAAAACAUUAAAAUUUUGUUAUGAUCGACUGCACUCUCUCAUGUUGACCCUAGAAAUUACUGAUACUGAUGAGUUCUUGCAUAUCCAGACAAUAUGUGACUUUGCAACCCUCGUGGGGACGUACACUCGUGGGUUUUCAAUUAUAAUUGAACCUUUUGAUGAAAGAAUGCCGCAUAUUCCUGACCCUGUAUUGCAGCUUAGCUGCCAUGAUGCUUCACUUGCCAUAAAGCCUGUAUUUGAUCGAUUCCAAUCAGUGGUGAUCACUUCAGGAACUUUAAGCCCAAUUGACUUGUACCCUCGCCUUCUUAAUUUCCAUCCAGUUGUUAGUCGGAGUUUUAAAAUGUCAUUGACAAGAGAUUGCAUAUGUCCAAUGGUUCUAACUAGAGGAAGUGAUCAACUUCCAGUUAGUACAAAAUUUGAUAUGAGAAGUGAUCCUGGCGUAGUAAGAAACUAUGGGAAGCUCUUGGUGGAGAUGGUAUCUGUUGUCCCUGACGGGAUUGUAUGUUUUUUUGUCAGUUAUUCGUAUAUGGAUGGAAUUAUUGCAAAUUGGAACGAAACAGGAAUUCUAAAGGAAAUAAUGCAACAUAAGCUUGUAUUCAUUGAGACACAGGAUGUGGUAGAAACUACAUUGGCUCUUGACAAUUAUCGAAGGGCAUGUGAUUGUGGAAGGGGUGCAGUUUUUUUUUCUGUAGCCAGGGGGAAAGUAGCGGAAGGUAUUGAUUUUGAUCGACAUUAUGGUAGACUGGUGAUCAUGUUUGGUGUUCCUUUCCAAUAUACAUUAAGCAAAAUAUUGCUUGCCCGGUUGGAGUAUUUAAGGGACACCUUUCAGAUAAAGGAAGGCGAUUUUCUAACUUUUGAUGCCUUGAGGCAAGCUGCUCAAUGUGUGGGUCGAGUUAUCAGGUCAAAGGCUGACUAUGGGAUGAUGAUAUUUGCUGACAAAAGGCAUGUUCUUUCUAUUCUAUUCUUUUUCCUAAGCACUAGCAUUAGAUUUACUAGCUUCACCUAUAUAAUCUUUUUCCUUAUGUGGGAGCAGUUCCUUCGGAAAAUGGCGCAACCGUAUGACAAGGGGGGUAACAGUGGUAGGAGGACUCUAUUGUCACAAGAAGACUUGGAGAAGAUGGGUGAUGAUGGCAUGCAAGAUAUUAUGCAUUACUGAUAGUUUUACUCUGCUACAUAGGCAAAUUCAGUUUUGAUAGGUGGUGGUCUCCAAAUUAAUCUCUCUGUCUAAUUUUCAUGUGGGCUUCACUUUUUUUCUUUUAUUUAGAUACCCAAAAUAUAAAUUACUUGCUGUAAACUUGUAGUGAACGAACUCUUCAUAGUACGUACUUACAUAUCUACAUAUAUAGGCAUAAGUACAUCUUUCUUCUGCAGCAAGUCCUUUAUCAAUGAUGAAUUGUUUUCCA